UGAAAGAUGGCGACGGCGUGGUCAGAAAUCGAAACUGUUCGCAAAGAAAAUCGCCGGGAACUAUGUCUUCGAGGGCCAGAAGUGAAGAAACGGAUUGAGAGGAACGGACUUGACGAUGAAUUGUACACUCUUGGGGGAUUAAAUUUCUUGGAAAUCGCAGAUACUCCCCUGACCUGCCUUGCCGAUAGUUUGGGAAAGCUGUCUAAUCUGACUUCUCUUCUCUUGCCGAACAACCGGCUUGAGACUUUGCCGAAAAGCGUUGGCGAACUGGUGAAAUUGAAAACUCUUAACCUCUCGAAUAAUCAAAUCAGCCGGGUUCCCGAAGAAUUGACACAACUACCAGAGUUGGAGACGCUUAACCUCAGCAUUAAUCAAUUGCCUGAAUUUCCCUCUGUCAAAAAUUUGAGUCGUCUUCAUUUUCUAGAUUUGUCUCACAAUAAGUUGGAAUCCUUGCCGGAAGACAUAACCGACUCGAGUCUGAGUCAUUUGAGUCAGAUCCGAGCUAGUCAGAAUUCUAUCAGCGAAAUCCCAGGUGACUUUUCACAGUUGCCUCACUUAAAUGUGUUGGAUUUGUCUGAAAAUGCCAUCACUGAUGUUCCAGCGAAUUUGAGCCAGUGCUUUAAACUGAAGGAGCUAAAUCUAAAGGGAAACAAAGUGAAAGAUAGGAGAUUGAAGAAACUCAUUGACCAGUGCCCAACUAAAUCUAUUUUGGAUUAUCUCAAUGGGGUGUUGGAAAAGGAGCAGAAGGAUGGAGGGGGAGGGAAAGGGAAGGGGAAAAAAGAGCGUAAGAAGAAGGGAAAGCAGAAGGAUGAUGCAGAAGAAGUUGAAGACUUGAGAAAUCUGCUGCAGGUUUUGAGGUUUUCCGAAGACGAGACUAAGGUGGUGAAAGUUCAGCCAUCUGUCCUUGAUGUCCGACCAUACAUAGUCUGUUGUAUCUUCAGAAACAUCAACUUCAAUCAGUCUGUUAACAUGUUUAAGCACUUCAUAACUCUGCAGACUCGGUUGCAUGACACACUGUGUCAGAAGAGACAGGUGGCGACUAUUGCCACUCAUGACCUGAAGAAUGUGCUCAUGCCUCUGUCCUAUGAGGCUAAAGCACCAGUGGCCAUUAAGUUAACCCCCCUGUUCAAGCAGAAGGAAGUCUCUGCGGCGGCUCUGAUGAAGUCUUUGAGACAGGAGGCAGAAGACCUGAGAAAGGAGAAGAAGAGAAAUACUUAUAGUGGCAUUCACAAGUAUUUGGAUCUGCUCAAGGAUAAACCUCACUACCCCUGUCUGUUGGAUGCUGAAGAGCGAGUCCUCUCAUUUCCUCCAAUCACAAACUCAGAUUUCACAAAGAUUUCCAAGGAGACGACAGACAUGCUGAUCGAAGUGACCAGCUCCAGCAGCCUGGACAUAUGUAAGAAGAUAUUAGACAGCCUUCUGAAGGAGUCCUUGGAUAUGGGGAUAGGGGGACCUGUGGGUGAGGGCUCUGAGCCCGGGGCCAUGGAUGCAGCAGCUGAGGCUGGGGGUGGGGAAGGGCAGGCAGGUGGGGGAAAGUUCCAGCUGACAGUUGAGCAGGUGAAGAUUGUAGAUCAGGAAGGGUCGCUUAAGGUAGUCUACCCCUCCCGGACUGAUUUCACGGUUGAAGGCGUUCAUGUGAUCAGAAACUAGGUCUUCUGCCUCACGUGCUUGUGUUUUUCCACUUAUUAUAAGCUUGAAUGUCCAGUGCUACUGGUGCUUACAGUGUACUCCAGUAUACUGUUCUGUGAAAUAUUUUCUCUUUCAUUUUUUAAACAGAGUAUGCGACCUAAUACCUCGACUCAUUAUUGGUGUACUACAUUAAUUUAUUGUCGAAUGAAUUUUUCUUACCAUUCUGAGAGGUAACUUCAUAAAUUUAAUGGGACAGUGUUUUAUAUGUUCAGUGUUUUCUUUUUUAAAUUGAUUUGUGCACCUUUUAUGUCUGGUUAUUUUGUUUUACACGGCAUGUCUACAUGUGUCCAAGGGUGGGGGGUGGGGGGGUACUUAGGGGACAUAACUCUGUCUGUUGAUGGCCCCAAUCAUAAAAAGCUGUCAGAUGAAACAAUAUGGUGCAGAUUUUGUGCUGAAAGAAAGUGCAAGUCAGUAAAAGUGGUCAAAUAUUUGAUCUUUGCCCACAAUGCAAAUGUACAAAAUUUAAGAGAAAGUUAUUAAGUGAUAUUGUCAUCCAGGGGGACAGACCAAAGGACAUGCUUCGUUUUUUAAUAAUUGUAACAAAAGUUAGUUAUUUUAUUAGUAGACAUAGGUCAGUCAUUUUCCAUGCAGCCGUGUUUGGCUAUAUCAACCAAUUUCACAUUAUUUAUAAAUGUGAAGAGCUAUCAUUAUGGUUGAAUACUGAAAUGGCGUAAAUCACAGGUCAGAUAAACAAUGAGACGAUGUAUUCAGAACACCCAAGUUUUGUUGGAAUAAUUUAUAGAUUUCUGACCACUGUAUGAAACUGGUCACAGACUUACAACAAUACUCCUUGUUUAUUCAACUUUAUUUCACAUUUAAAAGUGAACAUCAGAAUAUUUCAUAUGCUUGAGGAAGGGGCAGCUGUACAACAUUUAUUGUUUUACGUCAUAUUCGAGAAAAUUUCUCUUAUACAGUGGCAGCCAGCAUUAUUGUAGGAGAAAACCAGGUGCAGGGCAAACCCAAGCUGUGCAAAGUAAAUUUUAUUUGUUUUGCAUGUUAUCUGUGACAGUACAGCACAUGUAUGAGUGUCUCUACAUUUGUAACUGGUGCUUCCUGGGUAAUAUUGUUACUGAGGGUUUGGUAUACAAUUUCGUUAUUUUUGGCCCAGCUACAGUUUUGUAAAGCUGCAUUAGUUUUUCCAGUAGGUGAAGUAUUGCAGUAGUUCUUGUCUUCAAAAUGACUUCUGUGGAGACCGCAGAAAUUCAGUUUUGGUGACUCUCCAUGGGAAGUGAACAUGGCUGACAAAGUGUAUGAACUGUUGCUUGUUGUUGCAGAGAUUGCCCACCUUUUGUGGGAAAAUUGACAGAAAAGUUAUGUGUCAACUUACUCCUUUUAUGGUCUUUUUUGUAAGCAGAUAAUUCUUCAAAACUAGAAAGAAAAGAUUACGGUCACAUGUCACAUAAUUUGAGCAUAUUGAGACAGAAAUUGCACUUUCUGCAGACUUCUGUGGAAGUGUAACCUUAGAUACUACGGGAGAUUACUGUAGGAGUUUAAGGGUGUACUUGUGUAACUGGUCACAGGUAUGAGCAGCUGGUUCAUUUUAGGCAUAUUCAGUGGUUUUUGUCUUAUAGUUCCCAGGCAAAAGCAGAUAACAGCCUCUCUGCAGUGUCUUUAUUAGUGUUGCACUUUCGAAACAAAAAAUCAGACCUGCUAAAUCUAAUCAGAACCAGCCUGUUAAGACAAAAAAAAAAUUGCAUUUCAGUCAGACGGUAAUGCUUCGUAAUAUACUUGCUAUUAUUAAGUCUUGCGUAUAGAUGUAUGAUGAUAAUGUUAGCGAGUAAAGUAUGACUGCUGAUUUGUUAGUUUUUCUCGCAGUGUUGCUUUAUACAAAGCUAUCUGCUCUCUUCUUCUUCUGCCAGGUUUUAGGUUACCGGUGCACAUUUUGCCUUGUACUCAUUGUUCUGUGAAAAAAUUAUGCCUUUAUUGAAACAGUGCAUUUUUAUUUCUGAAUAUCAGUUUUUUUUUUCUUGUUCAGCACAUUUGUAUACAUCUUUAUGUCGUUGACUGAAAUUAAAAGACAAUUGCA